AUGGAGGAACAGACCCGCAACGAACAACGAAAUGCCAAGAAAGCUCGAGAAGCGGAGAAGAGGAAAGAGAAGAAACGUCUUCAGAAACAAGCCAAAGACGAGGAAAAGGCACGAAGGGAAGCAGAGAAGGCCGCAGAGGAAGCCGCAGCUAAAGCUGAGCAUGAGAAGAAGUUAGAGGAACAGAGGAAGAAGCGAGAAGAGCAACGAAAGAAGCGAGAAGCCGAGCGGAAGGCCCAGGAGGAGGAGCGCGCGAAAAAGGAAGCGGAUAGACAACGGCGACUGCGCGAAGAAAGAGAACGACAAGCGGAUGCAGAACGAAAGCAACGGGAGCAGAAGGAGCAAGAGAAGAAACGGCGAGAAGAGGCCCGGAGAAAGGAGCGGGAGGAACCCAAUGUCACCGUUCUCUACUCAGCCUGGUGGCUUAGCACACGGACAUACCAGACAACCGUCAGGCUCAUUUGA